AUGAAAUCAAUUUUCAUUACCCAAGAUAUAUGGGAAAUUAUUCAAGAUGGUUAUGAACAACCCAAAGAUGCCAAUGAAGAGGCUUCUUGGGAUGACAUAAAAAAGUGUCAAUACAAGCAAAACAAAAGAAGGGAUCAUUAUGCCCUUUCUAUAAUAUAUCGUGGAGUAGAUGAGACGAUCCUACCAACCAUCAUGACCGCCACAACUGCAAAGGAGGCAUGGAGCACUUUGGAGACAAAAUAUCGAGGCUCGGAAAAGGUAAUACUCUUCAAACUACAAUCUUUAUGGGGUCAAUUUGAUAGUAUGCAAAUGACCGAUAAUGAGUCAAUUCAAUCAUAUACCGACCGAGUCUCAAAUAUUGUUAACCAAAUUCGAUCCAAUGAAGACACCAUUGAAGAUGUUAAAAUAAUUCGAAAAAUAUUAAGAACUUUAACCAAAAAAUUUGAUCAUAUUGUGGCUGCUAUAGAAGAAUCUAAUAAAGAUUUAAGUUCACUCACCAUGACUGAAUUAAUGGGCUCUUUAUUAGCACAUGAAGAAAGAAUGCGUAAAUUUGAAAAGCAACCAAUUGAACAAGCUUUUCAGGCUAAAUUAAAAUUUUCUAAUAAUGGAAAAAAUAUAAAUGGCCACGGUAAUAAUUUUCAACCAAAAAAGGGCAAUUUUAACAACCGUGGUAGAGGGAGAGGAAAUCAUAAAAAUCAAGGGAGCCGAGAUAACAACUCUUAUUGCAUAUUAUGCAAGAAAAACAAUCAUAAUACAAGAGAUUGUCGGUACAAAUGCAAAAGAUGUACUAGACACUCUCAUUUUGAAAAAGAUUGUUAUUUCCGGCAAAAGGAAUAG